UCCUGAGAGGAGCUCGACGGCCGGACCCCUCCCUCCUUCUGUCUCUCUCCUCUCUCUCCCCUCUGUCUUCCCUUCCUCACUUGCCCUCUCUCUCUCUCUCCUCCCCUUGUUGUGACAGAGCACACCUGCUUGAUCUUGGCUGCACGCGCUCCGAGUCCAAUUACCCCAUAGGCCCUCGCAGCCACUUCACAGUCUCAUCCCCCACUCGACUGGAUUUUUGGGAGUCAAGCUCAUCUCGCCCACUUCUGCUCUCUUUGCCUCACUUUUACUGAGAACAGGCUCCCUGCUAGCAGCGCCAUGAGGUCGGCCUGUCUCUCUCUGCUCCUCGUCACCGCCUGCUGGGCUCUGCCCUUCCGCCAAUCUGGCUUCCUAGACUUCAUGAUGGAGGAUGAGGCGGGAUCAGGUGAUAUACCGGUUGUCAGAACCCCCCCCAUGCCCGAGGGACCCAAGUGCCCCUUCAGAUGCCAGUGCCACCUCCGUGUGAUCCAGUGCUCUGACCUCGGUCUGAAGUCCGUUCCUGGGGACAUCCCCGACGACACUACCCUGCUGGACCUGCAGAACAACAAGAUCACUGAGAUCAAGGAGAACGACUUCAAGAACCUCAAAGGGCUGCACGCUCUGAUUCUGGUGAACAACAAAAUCACAGUGAUCCAUGCCAAGGCCCUGAGUCCUCUGACCAAGCUGCAGCGCCUCUACCUGUCCAAGAACAUGCUGAAGGACGUCCCCGCCAACAUGCCCAAGAGCCUGCAGGAGCUCCGCAUCCACGAGAACGCCAUCACCAAGAUCAAGAAGUCCUCCUUCCAGGGCAUGUCCCACAUGAUCGUCAUGGAGCUCGGCUCCAACCCUCUGAAGAGCGCUGGAAUCGAGGCCAGUGCUUUCUCUGACCUGAAAAGAGUCUCUUACAUUCGCAUCGCAGACACGGACAUCACUGACAUCCCCAAAGGUCUUCCCAGCUCUCUCUCCGAGCUCCACCUGGAUGGAAACAAAAUCAGCAAGGUGUCCGCCGACAGCUUCAAGGGCCUGAAGAACCUGGCUAAACUGGGUCUGAGCUACAACGAGAUCAGCUCUGUGGAGAACAGCACCCUGGUUAACGUGCCCCACCUGCGCGAGCUGCACCUCGACAACAACGUCCUGACCAGCGUUCCCCCCGGCCUGCCCGACCACAAGUACAUCCAGGUGGUCUACCUCCAUGUCAACAAGAUUGCCGCUGUGGGAACAGAGGACUUCUGCCCCCCCGGCUUCAACACCAAGAAGGCCAUGUACUCCGGCAUCAGCCUCUUCAGCAACCCCGUUCCUUACUGGGAAGUCCAGCCGAUCACCUUCCGCUGCGUCUUCGACCGCUCCGCCAUCCAGCUCGGCAACUACAGGAAGAAGUAGAGCGUCCCCCCGGCGCGCCUCCGCAAGGAAGUGUGUGUUUGUAAAUGAGUGUGUGAAAGUUUUGUAAGCGUGCGAGUUUGACCGCAGCCCCACAACACUGACCCCUUACCGACACUGCCUCCCCCACAAAACGAUGAUGUCAAUAACCCGCGCACUCGUUUCAAAACCUUUUAGUGGACAUGGACCUCAAACACAACAUAUCAUUCUUAUUAUUUGCAACAGUAGUACGUACACGGCUUACAGCAAACACCAGCAUACGACGGUGGCGCUCUCACUCCCAGCACGUUCAUAGCAGAACCAGUUUAGCAAACAUCGCAAAUAAGCUCCCCCAUUCACGCCGCGGCAUAUUUAUGUGCAUAAUAUGUUGAACAUCAGAGAUGAACCCAAACCAAAAAGAUUUCCGAAUCUCUCUCUCAGUGGAAUAUAACCUAUUCCUGUUGUAUGUCCCAGUUUCUGCCUAUUGUCCAGUACGACGUAUGAGCGCGCUGACCUGUAGAGCAGGCAGCAGGGGGGUCAACUUGUGUUUUUUACCUUUAACAGCUGGUAUACUAGAAUGUACUAGAUAUUGCCUGUGUAGUAGGAACCGCAUCCGGAGUGUACCAUCAGCACGCUGCCCUCCGGGAGAGAAACAACCCAACGUUUCUAUUUGUAUUGUGCUCAAUUCAAGUAGAGAUAAAAGCAACCGUGACUUCUAUCACAUUGUGAUUUCUUGUGUUUACUUCAGUGUUGAUUUAGUUUCUGGGUGUUUUUUUUUACACUUUUUCUUCAUCACAUUCCACCCCCCACCCCCCCACCCUCCCCAGUUCUUCUCCCUGUGUGUGUGUGUGUGUGUCAUUCCCUUUAAAAAAUAAAUACAAUUUUUUAAAAAAGGUGAAAAUAGCUUCUAAAAAUGUAGAAUAAACCAUGUAUGUUUUAAACAGAAGCCAUUCCCAAAGAUUUAUAUGCAUGCUCUUAUUUUUUCUCCUUUCAACUUGAACCGGGUGCUUUCUGGAUUCUCUUGUUAUCGCGUGUAUGUACGUCUCUUAAUGUUUUUUUCUGCCUUUUUAUUUCUUUCUUUAUUUUUUUUAAGAGUACAGUAAAAAUCUGAGGGUGUACGUGGACUGGCAUGCCCACAGCACUCAUACUGGUAUGAAUGUUGUAUGUAUAGACGCUGUAUAUAAAUGCUGUAUAAAAAAAGAAGAAAAAAAAAAACCCUCUCAUCACUUAAAGGCACAAGCACUUACCAUAGCGCAGACUUAAUAUAUCAGCAAAUUAAAAAAAAAAGGUGUUUCUCUCUUCUUUUUUUGUUUUCUUUCCCCGGAGCAGGGGCUCCAGCUAAGGUGUCCUGAACAAAAUAAAAGUACUAAUGGAAAAA